UGCGUGAAAAGAUUGGUAAGUUUCGUGUGUGAAAAUCGCUAUCUUUUGGUUCGAGUCCUCCUACUAGACCGUACUUCCACUAGAUUCAGACUCCAGUGGACUAUUUUCUGACAUAUGGCACAGGGUUUUUCGCAAACAAUACAAUGUAAAGGAAGCUACAACAAUUGAUUUAAAACAGAAUAAAAACAAUUGUAACUCUUCAUUACAAGCCCUACAGCAUGCCUAAAGUACGGAGAAAAAGUUCAGAUGAGGAUUCAGGCAAGAGGGAAGACGUCCAUAAAUCCAACGAUAAAACUAAAGAAGGUUUAUCAAUAGAAAUGCAAAGACUUGCACAUGUUAAAUUAAAGAGAAAAGGAAGACAGAAAAAAUCAGAAACGGAGGAAAAAGAGGAUGAAAGUUCAAAUGUGGAGAACAGUAAUGGUAUGGAGAUAACUGAGGAUAACUGUGAUGUCAUUGACGGCCCGGGUACAUCGGGGAAUCGUAAAGGCAAAAAACAUGGCAAAGAUAUGAAUCCUGCGGUUUCAGAGGGAAGGAACCAAACUGAUCGCGAGGAGGUUGCUGUUGGCCCUAGUUCAGUGGAUCACGGAAAGAAAAGCCCUAAUGACAAGGAGCAACAGGAAGUAGCAUUGGUCAAAAGGAAAAGGGGGAGACCAAAGAGCCUACCAGAUGCAAAACGCCUCAAAUCAGUUAAUGCAAGCUCUGAUGAUUUAAUUAGUAUUGAGAAUGUCAAAGAAGAAAGCACAGUUGAGGGAAGAGAAGAGAGAAGCAACACAAAGGAGAAAUCAACUCCAAGAUCAAAGAAGAAAAAGGAAGGAAUGGUGUGCAUUCAAAGAAGAAGUUCCAGUGGUAGAAAAAUUAGUUUCACUGCAAAAUAUGCUGAUUCGUUAAGUUCUGAUUCAAAUGAUGAUGAGGAUGAUGAUGAGAAUGAUGAUGAUGAUGAUGAUUCUGUAAAAGAAGAGUCAGAGAAAACAAAGACCGAAGGAAGAGUUAGCAGCAGAGGACGUGGGCGUGGUAGAGGAAGGGGUAGGGGUAGGGGUAGGGGCAGUACUAUAAAUAAGGAUGGAGAUGAAAAAGUAAACUUUUUUCAUGAUGAACUUUUGUUAGAAUCCCUUACACCACCAAAGGUCAGAGGUCGUGGUUCAGGUCGACCAAGAGGGAGAGGAAGAAGUCAUGCUACGCCGACACAGCGUAAAUUGAUAAACAGUGAUGAAAGUGGCUGUUCUGAAUCCAAGAUAGAAGAAAAUAUUGAAACUGCUAAGUCAAAACAAGAAGGCAAUGAAAAGGACAUGGUAAAAGAGGCAUUUUGUAGCUCAGCCAAUAUGGAUAUUGACAAUGAUGACAAUGGUGUUGAUCACAGCAUGGAAUUUUCUGUGUCAGAAACAGCAGAAUGUGGCAAACAAAGUCGAGGAGGAGGAGGAACACCUACAAUAGAUAAAGACAUAAUGAACUCUGAAAACAGCAUCAGCAACGGUUGUCUGGAUGACAGUUGUGAUGCUUUUGAAAGCCAACCUUUACAAUCUUCAACGCCAAAGGUCAGAGGUCAAGGACGGCCCAGAGGGCGACCAAGAGGUCGUCCUAGAGGGCGUCCACCAGGGACAGGAAGAAUUACACCCGUUAAAACUGUGGAAGAUUACAGUAAUGAUAGGGAUGAUGAUUUAUCUAAUGACCAGUCUAACAUCUCAGGGUCCUAUACGCCGAAGAUUAAAGGUCGUGGUAGGGGUCGUGGUCGAGGACGAGGUCGCGGAAAAUCUCCAUUAACCACAUAUGAUUCUGACAAUUUUAAUGAUAACACUGAUACUGACUACACUCCGAAAGUCAGAGGUCGUGGGAGAGGUCGAGGGAGAGGUCGAGGGAGAGGUCAACAGAGUUCAAGUUCUGAUGAUGAUUCAGGGAAGGAGACUGAACAGGAAUUCUACAAAUGUGUGCUAUGUGGAAAGGAAUAUAAGGGGAAAGUCAGCAUCAAAGAGCACAUGAUGAGGAUUCACUCUAAAGUAUGGUCCGAAAAAUGUCCAGAGGGAAUGACAGACAACGCCUCUUUGAGACUUAUCCUGAAACGGACAAAACGUCUGCUGUGCCCCCAAUGUGGAAAGGAGCUGCGAUUCUUACAGUAUUACCAAAAGCACCUGGAAUGGUGUGGAAGGGAGAAUGAGACAUAUAUUUGUGAAAUUUGCAACAAGGAAAUGAAACUUCAGUGGAAGGAACAACACAUCAAUUAUCAUAACAUUACUAAAAGGAAAAAUGAGAUUGCAAGAUCAAAAAUGGAAAAACUUCAAUCUGAAGAUGAUGUGGAUGAGGAUGAAAACAAAAGAAAAAAGCGAAAGGCAUCCCAAAAGGCCAGGAGUCUGCUGUCUGAUUUGUCAACUCAGGGAGAUUUAACGAAAGAUGAACACGAUGAAGAUGCCUCAGAUGUAAAUCUUGGAGAGGAAUCCUCAUCUGAUGAAAAUUUUGAGACAGAUGUCGAUGAUGAUGAAUUGAAUGAUUUGAAAAUGAAUAAAUCCAAGUCUGGUGAAAGAAGGCAGCCAAAAGUUCCUAUGACAAGAGAAAAGGGAGGACGAGACCAGUUUAAUUACACAUUUAAGAGGGUAGUUGAUCUAAAUAAAUCUCAGACGAUGAAAUUCCCAGAAAUUGCACCACAACUUGAGGACUGGACACAAGUGGAUGUUAGUGCUAUCGAGGAAUAUCUUCCAAAUACCAAGGAGAGUGUGGAGUUCAUGGUUACACAUAAAACAUCAAGGACAACAAAAUCAGACAAACCCCAAACCAUCCCCAGGUUUGGUUCAGUCAUCGAAAGUGGACAUACUACGCUGUUUGUUGGGGGGCCAGUUUGGGGGCUGGCCUGGUGCCCCUUGCCCAUCAAGAUUAAGUCCCCUCAGUACCUCGCCAUCUCCUGCAACUCUGAUAUGGACCAAACCAAUCGACUGUACAAACCCGUCACCCAGCCGGGCAUCAUUCAGCUGUGGGAAGUUGAAGUUCGUGUAAAAAAAGCCAGCUGCCUGUCUGCUGACCUGGUGCUGUGUAUAUGUCAUGAGAAUGGACAAGUCCGCCAGCUUCAGUGGUGUCCUUACUUGUUCUACGACUUAAAAGCCAAGGACUCGGAGAUGGUACCACAACUUGGAUUGUUAGCAGCAGCGUGUUCAGAUGGCAAUCUUCAUAUAUACAGUAUUCCUCAUCCACAUUCACUCAUUGAUGAAGUAGAUGAUGAAGUAUCCUUAAAUGAAACCAAAGAAUCAGGGUCAAAGGUUACAGACCAGUCAUCACAGGAUACACAUGAAGGUUCAAAGGUCACAGAAUCAGGAAAAACAAAGUUUAAAAAACACAGAGAAAAGAAACAUUUGGAUGAGUUGCCAAAUGAGGACAGUCACAGUACGAAUGGGUUAGGUCAGGGGUCACCUGAAACAAAUAUAGGACAAAGUUCACCUGGGAAGAGUCAAAGGUCAAGAGAACCUGCCUAUUACCAUGUUAAACCAGCACUUACUUUGCAGUCGCCGUUUUGUAGAGGAGAACCAUCGCCUUGCUUGUGUGUCGCCUGGCAUCCAGACCCAGAGUAUCCUUGGAUCAUGGCAGGAUUUGCAGAUGGUGUCGUACGAGUGUGGGACCUCACAUCUACCUCCCCUUUAUUGAGGAUUUCAACACCAGAGGGCAGCACCUGUCUUCAUCCUUUUAAAUCCUUCCAAGCACAUAAGCGUGCUGUGUUCACCUGUUCCUGGUCCCCACAUGUGCCUCAUUGUCUUGUCACUUCAGGUGCGGACAAGGAGGUCUUUAUAUGGGACCUGCGUAACAUUACAGUUUUGGUCCACUUGGACAAGUAUUGUACCAGUGUAGGUGUAUCAAGUACCUGGCCAACAAACCUCCUAGGUCUGUUGUAUAACAUGGAUGAUGGCUACAUGUAUAACCACUGCUACAUGAAGAUGUUGCCGUAUGGAUCAACAUUGGAAUCCACACGUAUCAAGGGAGUUCCUUUGUGUCACAUGCAUUCCACUAUGUGGUCCUUGGCCUACUCGGAGUGGCUGAGUCUAGCUUUGUCUGUUGAUGACCUCGGAAGUGCUGUCUGUCUCCAGUUCCCCUCCUUUAACAUGGAGACCGGACAUGUCUCCCGCAAAUUCAUGCUGGAAAUAUUUACCUCAUCCCUGAUAUCGAGAAAAGUCAGUGUUAAAGAAACUUCAUCUAAAAUUAUGGAAACAGAUGGAGAACAAUCAAAGGAAAAAAAGAAAAGCCCCGGAAAGGAAGUAAAAACUGAACACAGAUAUAAAACCUAUCAGGAGACAGUAGAACAUGCAAUGUUGGAAUAUACCGAUCGCAAAGAAGCUUCAUACAAAGAAACAGUGUAUAAAGACCAGAAUCUGCUCACCUUCCCUCUAGUCGCUGUUCACCGGGCGGAAUUCAACCCUAACCUGCAUGCAUGUUCCUGGGUAGCUACAGGUGGCAGUGCCGGUCUUGUUCGCCUCCACAAUAUGUACAGUUUAGUUCACCCAGAUACAAAAUUUGUGAUGGAAGACAAGUUAUGACCCUCGUCCUUUCAGAUUAUAAACAUAUUAUGGUGUCUCCUUGUCCAGCUUGUGUAGUCACUGCUGACUCAAAAAGCUGAAGCAAAUUUAAAGAAAUGUUGGUAGGCAGAGUGUCAAACACCAAAGCCAGUUGAAGAAAUCAGAGCGGGUCAAAGACAAAUUAUUGGUUCAACAUCAGAAUGGGUCGAAACAAAUUAUUGGUUCAACAACAGAGCAGGUCAAAACAAAUUAUUGGUUCAACACCAGAGCGGGUUGAAGGCAAAUUAUUGGUUCAACAUCAGAACGGGUCAAAGACAAAAUAUUGGUUCAACACCAGAGCUGGUUGAAGUCAAAUUAUUGGUUCAACAUCAAAGUGGGUCGAAGAUAAAUUAUUGGUUCAAAAUCAAAGUGGGUUGAUGGCAAAUUAUUGGUUCAACACCAGAGUGGGUUGAAAACAAAUUAUUGGUCAGACUAUCAGAGAAGUUUAGUCAAGCAGACUGUUUGUGUUGCUCUGUUCUACCAGAGGUUCUGUCAGUUAGCUGUGGAAGGUUAUUGGCAAAAUAUGGGUACGAUGUGCCCGAAACUGUCACAACUAUUCCAGUAAGUUAUCUACCCAACAGGAGGACUUCAGGUUUGUCAAAUAGGGACCAACAUCAAGAUUAUUUUAUCAAAACAUAAAGGACAUAUUUUCUUCCAUACCAACAUGCAUAUGAUGUUUGUAUUUCUGGAGUCCUCCUGAAGGAUAUGUACUCUACUGGUAUAGCCCUCAGAAGCAGUAGGCAAAAGGAUUUGUUUGUAAUACUAUGCAUGUUGGUCUCAACAACUAUCAGGUGAUAUUGUAUUUUAAACCAUCAUGUUUUAGACUCCACCAUUACAUCAUUACACUUUAAGAAGUCUGUCAGUCUUUUUAAGUUAAUAUAUCAAAAGUCUUUGUACUUUUUAGUGAAUUAAAAGUUAGUCUAUCUUUGUAAAGAUAUUUUCUGUUAGAUUUUAAAGACAUUGACAGUUCUUGUUCGAAAUGUCAACAUUUUAAGCUAAAGUGACAUCAACUAGGUUUCAAGAUGGUUGUGAUGUAAAGUUACGAGGUUUACAAUCAAUGUGCAAUAACUAACUUGUUUGGUUUAUUUAUCUGUUGGUUAAUCACGAAAAUAUAUAGUGGGACCUUUUAUAUCUCUAGAAACUCUAGGGUUCAAGGUAAUCGAGUACCAUGGUAUACACUUUUUACUCUUAGUACUGAAUUUUUACUUCAAGUUAAGCAGAAUUUUUGAGUUAUCGGAGUUAAAAAGUUUGACUGCAUACAUGUAUCAUAUUUCAUCCCGAAUUACAAAGAAGACAAAAUCUUAAUGAUUUAUUUAUCUUAAAAGUUUGGAAACUUUCUACAAGCACAAGUAUUCAAGGGCAUCAUUAGAAUGUGUAACCAACUAUUCUUUUUAUCAAUGCAUAUCCAAGAUGGCUUCCACAUUGGUCAAGAUUUAAAAACGUGGCACAGUUUUGUCCUAAUUCUUGAAAUAAAAUUAUCCAUCGUCUGGCAAUUAUGAUGAGAUUUUGAAACCCAAAAACCAUCACAAGACUAUCUUAAUAUAUAUCACAUGUUGUUCUUAUUUUGAAAUACAGGGAAACCGGUUAUAUUGGACACCUUUAUAUAGUGGAGGCCUGUCCAUAACGGACAAUUUAGGAAUCCCCAAUGAAAAUCACAAUUAUAUAAAUAUGACAUAUAUAGCAGACACCUCCGUAAUUAGAUACUGACGUUUAUCCAUAAAUUGGUAAAAAUUCUGUAUAACAGACUUAAAGUGUUGAAAAAUUACAAAAACCAUCCAGACCUUGUCUUCUCAAACAACAUUUAAUAGUGAUUAUUUUCCAAUAGCCUCUGCCUUUUGGGGGCUGAGAUAGCAAUUCUGCUCCUGUGCGCUAAAUAUGCCUCGUUUCAAAGAGAAACAAAGUUGCUAAUCAUGCAAAUGAGCCAGUCUUACCAUGCGUGAGAAACCUCUUGAAAAAUUACGAAAACCAACAAAAUCUCAUCUUUCAACCAUCAUGAAUUAUUUGCCUUUUGUCACAGUAUUUUUUGUAAAACUCAACCAGUUAUCUAAAAUACUUAAUGCUAUUCACUGAAUACCAUAUUUUAAGUAUCAAUUGAUGUUUUAUGACUUAUAUUUACUGUUAAUUACUUUUCACCUGAGGAUUUUAAUAAAAGAGAAGAAAUACUU